GUUUUAGCUCAUUAACGCUUUCGUAGAAGAGUGUGGAAAAGUACCCACUAGACGAACUGGAGGAGGCAGUACGAGCUACCAAUUUUCUCCUUUUCCUCCUCUGCCCUCUCGACCUCUUCCUCCCCAUUUCCCCAUCAGAGCUGGAUUCGACCAGAAAGUCGAGCUGCCCGUGAUGCUCUGCACCACCGCCUGUCCCGGCAUGCCGUGUCCAUUGCACAUUUACGAGCCGCGUUACCGUUUCAUGGUUCGUCGGGCGAUCGAGUCGGGCUCUCGUCGCUUCGGCAUCUUCACCGAAGGCUCGGGACCGCACAAUUUGGCCAAGACCCUCCAACUUUCCACUUUCAUCUCGGACACCUCAUCAUUCUCCUCAGAGCUUCGUCUUGCUCCGUUUUUCGAUCCCGCCUCCUCCACUCGCCCUCACAACCAGCCAAUCCGCGCUCUGCCCGCUCGGACUCGGAGUUAG